UAAAAAAAAGCAGUUGUCAUUUUUGUCAGUCAGCUGUCAAUUUCGUAACUAAGACACACGGGUGUCUUGUUGCGUAUUGAAAAAUUGAUUUUUAUUCAAGUUAAUCACAGUAAUGAUGUCGGUUUAACACGGGGGGGUAUUGGAGCGUUCCCGCAGCCAUGGGCUACGACAUCGGAUGGAUCAUCCCGCGGCUGCGCAGCACGGGCCGGCUGUGGUGGUGCGCCAGCUCCAUCACCGUCGCCGUCGUCGGCCUCUUCAGCAAGCUCAUCGUAGAGCUGCUGAACAAGACGACGGUGUACAACCGCGAGGCGCUGGCGCGGGCCGUGCGCCGCCCGCCCGGCGUGCCGCUGCUCACCGUCUCCAACCACCACUCCUGCUUCGACGACCCCGGCCUCUGGGGCGUGCUGGACAUGGGCGUGCUGGUGCGCGGCUCGCGCAUGCGCUGGUCGCUGGCGGCGCACGACAUCUGCUUCACGCGGGCGCUGCACAGCUGCUUCUUCGCGCUGGGCAAGUGUGUGCCCGUGCGGCGCGGCGCCGGCGUGUACCAGCCCGCCAUGGACUUCUGUGUGGAGCGCCUGUCGCGCGGGGACUGGGUGCACAUCUUCCCCGAGGGGCGCGUCAACGUCGACAAGGAGCACAUCCGCUUCAAAUGGGGCGUCGGCCGCCUCGUGGCCGACUGCGGCCCACCUCCCCUCGUGCUGCCCGUCUGGCACGAGGGCAUGGACCGCAUCCUGCCCAACCGCGAGCCCUACCUGCUCAAGUUCCGCAAGCGGGUCUUCAUGAACGUCGGCGAGCCCAUCCAACUGGACACGCUGCUGCACCGGCUGCGCGCGUCCAACGCGAGCGAGGAGGAGACCCGCAAGGCCAUCACGGACCGCAUCCAGGACGAGCUGCUGCGGCUGCGCGAGCGCACGCACGCGCUCAUCCGCCGCGCCGUGGGCGCGCACGCCGACGGGCUGCUGGACGCGCGCACCGACAUCCUGGUGCGGCCCGCGCCCGACCCGGCGCCCGACCCCGCGCCCGAGCGCCUGCCCAACGGCCGCGACAAGGAGAAGGACUUAUAAUACGGCGUUUUUAUAAGUUUUACUUUUACUUAUAUUUUUUCUACUGGUUUUAACUUUAGAGUCGCGUUUUAACCGCCUCGGUGGAGCCCGGCGCGUGCCGCCUCGUCGUCGUAGGCGAGGCGAGCUCUGCGUGAUAUGUUCGCUUCAGUAUAACCGUCGUAGCGCCGCCCGCCGCCGCGACCCUCGGCUGCAGGGCGGCGCGGCCGGCGGAUGCUCGUGUUUACAUGUACGACAAUCAUAUCAAUUUAGAAACGUAAUGACGUCUUCGAAGAGAACGAUUUUCAAAAUGGUAACAUUUUAAAAUAGAAGAGAUUUUAUAUGAAUAUUUAUAUUGUUAUCGAUCUUCAAGUAGGUACCCGUAAAGACAUGCGCACGAUGCUCCCGCGCCGCGGCGCGAGGCGGGGCCGUGCAUUUAUUCCAGAGCAAAUGGCACAAUAAGCUUGUUUUAAGUAUUAUUAGUUAAUGGAGGCCGCGGGCCCGCCCUUGAGCACUCCACGCGGCCCUGGGGCCUCGCACGUUCCAUGUUACAUUACACUGUUCUUUUACACUUUGUUAAAUUUUAUCGCAAGAUGUUUAUAAGUAUCGCGAGUGGUCGUCGCGACCUCGUGUCGCAACUCGCACCCUAUUCCGAAGCAGCUGGUUUUUAUAUCAAUUUUAAAUAUUUUUACUCGAGUUUACCCUAGUUGUAUCGCUCUCACGCUGCGUGAACGAUCACACUAAAUUACUUAUAGGGAAUAAUGUUAUAUGAAUCCGCCAUGUCUACGACCAAAGACUGCACUCAAAGUGUUUUAUAUCCAAAAUAUUUUAUCAACCCCUUUUGAAAUUUAAAUCUAUUUCAUUAAAUCAUGUUUAAAGAAUAUAUUUUCUCAAAAAGCAAAAAAUGGACGAUGCGCGAAUUGAAUACAUGUGUUAAUAAUUGUGUGUACUCGGAGCAGGCAUAACAGUGUGUUCCCUUGUCUAUCUGUCGGUGGGCUUACCUGUAAUUACCUACAUAAAUGACAGUGUACAGAUUUGAUGAAAUGAUCCAUUUAUUAAGUAAUGCUUCUGCGAGAUUGCCAAGAGGACUUAACAGCGUACCUAACCUCUCCUACAUUCAGCGACAUUGAGUAGGUAACCCCAUGCAGUAUACACCUACCUGCCUCGUGGUUGUACCUGCUCGCGAGUACAUACGUUUAGAAAUUAUGGAUUGCCAUGUGUUAGUGGAGUAGUAAAGUUUAUUUAAGUGACGUGUCGCCUGUGACGUCAUCGCCCGUCAGCUGUUACCUUAUCGAGUCUUCCGUACGGUUACGGUGUAUUAUUAGUUAAUUUGUACAUUUAUAUAAUUAUAAGUGUGUACAGACGGGCAGCGCAACCUGUGUAUAUAAUGUUUAGUUAGAAGUGUUCGCGUCUUGUGUUGUAAGCCAUAACGUUCAUAAUAACUUGAUUAUUGUUGUUCUGUUAUCCGGGAUUAUAUGUCGUGGUGUGCUUUUUGAGGAACUAAGUCUGUUUUAUUUCCACAAAUAAAUUGAUGGACCUCGA